UAAAAUUCACACACCAACCAAAGCAGAGCGAAUGCUGAACAAAACUGUGUGUGUAACAUGGAAUUAUAGCUCAAUUUAUAGUACAAAAUUAGUGGCAAAUAACAACAAAUCUUUAGCAAUUUCAAAUUAAAUUGAUCAAGUGUCAGUGCCUGCUUUGACACUAUUUCCAUGUUUCACAAUAUUGUUUUUUAUUGAUUAAAUUUAAUGAGAGUGUCAGCAAAAAACGAGGGAGAGAGAGACAGGAGAAAAAACUGUUAAAGCGCGCAAAUCGACAUACAAAGAACACAUACACAUUUACACCAUACAUACAUACGUGCAUAUAUGUACAUAUUUACACAAUAAUAAUAUUAAUUGAAUUCUAUUAGACGCUAAAUUUGUAGUUACAUAGAGACCAACAAAAACAUUUUAUCUCAUAUGAUUUAAAACAAAACGCGGAAAAACGUCAACUGCACAAAAUUUUAAAAGUUUUAUUAAAAAAUAACAAUUAGUAAAUUCGUCAUGUCCACACUUAUACAUAAUGGUGCCAUUGCAGCUGCUGAUAAGGGGCUGACCACCGCAACAUCAACAGAAACAAGCAACCUAAUGAACGGUAAACAUAGACCACCGAAAAAACAUGAACAAUCUCUGGAGGAUCAUCGAGUUCAUCAACAGCAGCACCAGCAACAGGACGAACAGCAGCAGUCAACACCACAAAAGCAGGCGGCGGUCUCAUCGUCGUCGUCAUCGUCAUCAUCGGCCAUGUCAGCGGAUGAGCGGAAAGCCACUAGAAGAUCUCUAGUCAUUGUGGCUGGCAUAUUCAUUGCCAGUUUGGCCACAAUGUGCUAUGUCUAUGCCAUAUUCCCGGAAUUAAAUGCGGCCGAGAAACAGCAUUUGAAAAUACCUCGUGAUAUACAAGAUGCUAAAAUGUUGGCCAAAGUCUUGGAUCGCUACAAGGACAUGUAUUAUUUUGAAGUCAUGUUUGGAGUGGUCGUCGCCUACGUAUUCCUACAAACUUUUGCCAUUCCUGGUUCAUUAUUCCUAUCGAUAUUACUUGGAUUCCUGUAUAAAUUCCCCAUAGCACUGUUCCUCAUCUGCUUCUGUUCGGCGCUGGGCGCUACGCUAUGCUAUACACUCUCGAAUCUGGUCGGACGACGACUCAUACGUCACUUUUGGCCAAAGAAGACCAGCGAAUGGUCGAAGCAUGUUGAAGAGUAUCGCGAUAGUCUCUUCAAUUACAUGCUUUUCCUACGCAUGACACCGAUUCUGCCCAAUUGGUUUAUCAAUUUGGCAUCGCCGGUAAUUGGUGUACCCGUGCAUACAUUCGCCUUGGGGACAUUCUGUGGUGUGGCUCCGCCAUCUGUGAUUGCCAUACAGGCCGGCAAAACGUUGCAAAAGAUGACAAGCUCGAGUGAUGCCUUCUCUUGGACCUCAAUGGGUGUGCUGACUGUGUGUGCCUGUGCCGCCCUUGCGCCCGGCUUGCUGAAGAACAAAUUCAAGAGCAAGAAGAAGGUGGCGUAAAUAAAUGAAUGAAUAUCCAAACGAAAAGAGUUAACAAAAGUGGCAAAGCGGUAACGGCAAAUUCUGAAAUCUGUACCAAAAGAUAGCUGGCUUUAUGUGUUGGAUAUUUAAACUCAGUCGAAAUCUAUAGCUGAGUGGUACACCGAGUAUACAACAUCCAAAAAUAUAUAUAUAUAUAUGUAUAUGUGUAUGUAAAUAUAUAUAUAUAUAUAUAUAUAUAUAUAUAUAUAUAUGUAUGUAGGUUUUUUUGUGUGUUAUUAUUACAUUUUUAAGUUUUAUCAAGUCUGUAUCGAAAUGCUAUUUCCAAAAACACGAAAAAAAAAUAUCAAAGAUGCAAACUUCGGCGAUAUCGAAGUUUAUAUACCCUUGCAGUCCUUGGAAAAUAUAUUUUUACAUGUUCAAAAUUCCUUUUCUGUAAAUCAAUUCAUCAAGACACAAACAAAACCUUCAAAGUUCCUUCUUAUUUUGCUUCACAUGGCUAUAUCGACUCAACUUCUCAUGCUGAUCAAGAAUAUAUAUAUAUUUUUCGGAAACUUCUUCUCCUGUGCAUUACAAACAUCUUUCCAA